AUGGCAGCAGACAGCAGCAUGGCUCCCGAAGAGAAGGUGAGCACGACUCCUGCGAAAAGGGCUGUCCACAAGAUCCGAACUGCCACCUUAGUCUUCAGCUUGGCACGAGGUUGGCAGCAGUGGGUAACUGACCACAAUGUAAAGCAAGCCCAAGAACCUGCCGGGUGGGUCCCCAGCACAGAGGACUCAUCAACUCAGCCAGUGCAAGAAAGACCCUUUGAAAAAUGGCGAAUUCCAUUCAGCAAGAGGGACCAAGGAAAAGACAAUGAAAAACCCUCAGCAAAGGAAUCAAUGACAAUAAGAGAUGCUGAAAAAAAAUCAAGGGAAUCGGAUGAAGCCCUCAAAAAGUUCAACAUUAAAAGCAAAGAGGUGACCAAGACAGUUGUAAGCAAAGCCUACGAACGAGGGGGUGAUGUUAGCCUCCUCAGCAACAGAUAUGAGAACAAUGGCAGCUCAGAGAUGAUCGAGCUCAAAGAAGAAUCAAAUGCUAUUGACAAAAUUCUUAGUGCCAAAUUAUCCCCCACAAUAAGGAGAAAGUGUUCAAACAUGGUAUCAGAGCUGACCAAGGGCUGGAAGCAGAUGGAAGAAGAGGACAAAGCGGGGACUAAGGAAGAACUGCUGCUUAACUGCCACGACGACAACAUGGAUGCAGAGGACAGUGGCUAUGGGGAAGCAGAGGACAGACUUGAGCCAGAGGACAGUGACCGAGAGGUGACGGCUGUGAGGAUUAAACGACCUGUGCCAUCUUUCGCAAGCAAGCUCAGUGAGGAAAGGAGCACUAAGGCUCACAGGAAAUACAGCCCCGUUAAUAGCUUGAAGGACAGGUGGCAGGAAUGGGCAGACCAGCACAUCACGUCACAGAAGCUGAAUCCCUUCAGUGAAGAAUUUGACCAUGAGCUGGCCAUGUCCACACGCCUGCACAAAGGAGAUGAAGGGUACGGCCGUCCGAAGGAAGGAACCAAAACUGCUGAAAGGGCCAAGAGAGCUGAGGCCCACAUUCACCGGGAGAUCAGGGACAUGUGCUUCAUCAUUGAAUCAAUGGCUAAACCACGGCGUGACGGCAAGAUCCAAGUCACUUUCGGGGAGCUCUUUGAAAGAUACGUUCGUAUUUCAGAUAAGGUUGUUGGGAUUCUCAUGAGAGCCAGGAAACACGGACUGGUGGACUUUGAAGGAGAAAUGUUAUGGCAAGGAAGGGAUGACAAUGUCAUAAUUACAUUAUUAAAAUAAGCAAUGCUAGGACAAGAGCAACUUGCCUUGGAAAACCUCUGUUUUUCCCUUGCUGUUAGCUUUUGCACAUUUGGAAUACAAGAUUUUUCCACCCCCUGGACAAGAAAAGACAUUGAGCAUUUUUCUAAACAUAAGCUUUAUAACUAUUGCAUGAUAAGCAUCCAAAUGGAUUUUUCUCUGUACCAGGAGGGCUUGCAGGACACUUCAGUUAAUUACUAUACCAAAAAAUAAUUAAAGAAAAAAUAUAUUGAACAAUAAGCAGAUGAACAUAGAAAGCCAUAGUAAUACAAACAGCUACAAAUGAAUUCCAAUUUUCACUUAUCCUUACAUUCAAGAUCCUCUCGACCAUUUAAACUGGGAUAUCACAAAUAUAAACCACGCCAGAUCAGAAGCUGAAUGAUUAUCUAAACUCAGGCCAAGUUUUUGAUCUGUGAAAAUGAUCUUGUGUGCAUAUUUCCUAACUAAUCAUUCAAAUGCAUGAAAAAAGGGUUUAUUUGAACACAAUCAAGGAUGCCAAAUUUGUUUGCUACAAACACUAUAAGCAAAUACUACUGCAGCAUUAUCUUGCAGCAACUACUGACAAUUUUCUCUUACAUAUCACAGGAACUAAGACAAAAUUCUUUUAUGAGAUUUAUUUAUUUAUUUAUUUAUAUAAUUUAUUAGAUUAUUUCAUUUUUAGAGUUACGGCUGAUGAACAGAAAACACCAAAGAGAAUAAAAUACACAAGAAGGUUUGAAUAGAUAGCCACAUAGAAAAAUCUCUUAUACGAUAUUGUGCAAUAUAUCAUCUGAAUAUCUAUGCAUCUUUCUUAUAAAUAUAGGGGAAAGUAACAUGUAACAUUCAGAUCAAGAUGCCUGGGCAAGUAAUUUGCAUAAUGUAAAAACAAUGUUGUUUCCCCUCAUAAGAUUCUUUCAAAGUGAAAGAAAAAAUAUCUUCUUAGAGAAGAAAAGGGUGUGUGAACACCUUGCCUCUGUGAUAAAACAAGUACUGCUAACAUAUCACAAGAGUACAGGUACUCCAGUUUGAGCCUCCAAUGAACGUACAAAUUAUAUCUUUUAUAAGCAAGCGAUACAAGAACUGGUUACUAUGCGUCUCUUGCAAGUUUAUGGAAAACAGUAUUUUGGGCACAGUUAUAUGUUGUGAAUCUAAGGAAGAAAAAAUGUAUUACUACUUGGAUUCAAUAGCACUUAUUUAGCACUAAUGUUUUCUUGAGAUCUCUCAGACUAAUUAAAUAGAUCUGUAAAACUGACCUCUAAAUGUGAUAUUUAUGUAUUAGAAUGUUUACCUGCAUAUUCUUCCCUUAUUCUUUACAUCUUUAUACAAUGACUUACAGCUCCCUAAGUUGCUUU